AUGUUUGUCUCCAAUACGCUACCAUGCAUCCACGAUAACACAAUCAUUCUUGCCGCCACACAUCCAAAUGUUACAACUGCAGAUCCAAAACACGAUGGGUGGUUUAUAUCCGAUUUUUACGCUUUCAAUAUUCUCCUGAAGGGCCUUGGGGGAAGCCAAACCUGGCUCACAGCGGCCGAUCCAGAGAAACUGGUGCAGAGGUAUAAUUCCUUCCUCCACGGCAACCCAUUUCAAGACCGAAAGGUUUGCCUAGAUCGCGAGAUACUUCGGGAGAAAAGGAUCACUGAAGUAACUGUGAUUCGCUCGAGUAAUAUGAUCGAUCAGUUUCUUAAGAAGGCGAAAGAGGCAUCAGAGCUAGCCAAGCGAAAUCAUGCCCCCCUACUUUUGCUUGUCUUUUGUCACGGUCUUCCUAAUCACCACCUGUUACUGGAUGCUGGCAAUCAAUCGAAGGGGCUUAGCAUACUCCGUCUGAAGGGUGUGCUUGAGCCAGGCGUAUGUGUUACUCUUGUCACAACCGCUUGCUAUUCUGGAGGAUGGGCAACGUCUCCUGACCUUAACCACACUACGAUCGCAGCCGCUGGUGAUGGAAAUCUACUUCAAGCCACCUCUCACUCCUGGAAUGAGUCUCUAAGUAUCGGGAGAUUCUGCGGGUCUGUGUUCGCCAGUACCUUGUUUAAGACUUUGUCUAGUGCGGCAAGCCCCCUCCUAGAAGCCGACCUUGCUUCCGACUUGUCACAGGCGCAACAAUCCCUACAGCCAGAGAACCCUAAUAGUGUCCAAACCUUGACCUAUAAUGCCUUCUGUGAGUCUGUGUGGCGCACAUGCGCGAACAGUGUCACGCGACUUUGGAGUUCCCAAAGCUUCAAUUUCAGUGCCCAGGACGAUGCCUGGGAUUAUUCCUGGACAGGGAGAACUGGCUUUCCGUUAGCUGAUUUCAGGGAGCGAUGGAAUGCACUGACAUCUAUCCCAUAUAGUGGUUCAGAGGAGCUACGUGCUCUACAAGAUCAAGACCCAAGCAACCCAUCAUUCUCUGCUUCUGGUCCCGUUAGAGACGGCUUAGGAGAAAGUGUGGUGGAUGAAAUGACAGGCCACAUUGCGCAAAAAAGACUGAAAGAUAUGGCCAGAUUAUUUCGCCAAACCUGCCCGGGUGAUCACAACCUGGGAAUGGAGACUGGCUUCUGGGGAAGGCUCCGUGGGUUCUACGAAUAUGGGGAAUUCGAAGAAGACGCUGCCAUGAUUGAAGGAGCGAUUCGUUUUCGAUGGGAAUCAGCGUUGCUUGCGGACUUUAUUGUUGAGGCACUCAAUCUGCCGGUGCCCAAUGGCGAAAUUUGUAUCAUGUGGGAUUGGAUGGCAUGGAUAGAUGUCAAGUUGAAGACUAUGUCAAGAGAUGACCUCUUCUCCUGGAGAUCGUCAGUCUAUCAGAAGCUUAACCCACACUUCGAAGCCCCCAGCUAUAACGAACAAGGGCCCCCCUUCGGUCGACCUGUUGAAUACGUGGUCUCGGCGUUGAUGGAUGCUAGUAUGCCCGAAGAUGAGCUUACGGCUAGUAUUCUCGCGAUUAUUGAGUUUAUGAAUUUAAGUCGGGCUUGCAAUCAACAACGCCUGUGUAGGGAUCGGGGGGUUCGUCAGAGGGGCCGUGAAUGGUUGAGAACGGUUGGAAAGCGAGCCCGGCAGUCGCUUUCCCCGCGGAAAAGGCAGAGCGUAAGUGAUUCAACUUCUUCUAAGAAUAUCACUAUGGUUUAG